GUUUCUGUCCUUCCAGCCUCCUCUAUCCAGACAGCACAGAGGCCCUCGCAAUCCUUCAGGUCUUCCUCAGAUUUUGGUGGGCUUGCUGCAGACCUCACUGGAGUCAGCAUCUGUGAGAGGUGGCCAUGGGGACUGCCAGGCUGCUCACACUGCAGCUGCUGCUCCUGCUAGGCGCUCGGCGGCCCCUUGGAGGCGCUGCGCGAUGCCGCGUCACGCUGGUACUGUCCCCGCAGAAGGCGACCGGCGCAGUCUGCAGGAGCUCGGAAGCCGCCCAGGACGGCGAACUGGCCGCGCUGCGCAUGCGCGUGGGCCGCCACGAAGAGCUGCUGCUCGCGCUGCAAAGGCGCGCGGCGGAAGGAGGCGCGCUCGCGGACGAGGUGCGCGCGCUGCGCGAGCACAGCCGCGACCUGAACACGCGCCUGGGCCAGCUGCGCGCGCAACUGCAGCAAGACUCGGGGGCGGAGCCUGGCCCGGGGGCGGAGCCUGGCCCGGGGGCGGAGCCUGCGGCCGCCCUCGGCCUCCUCGCGGAGCGCGUGCUGGACGCCGCGGCCGGGGCGCGCCAGACGACGGCGCGCCUGCAGCAGGUGGACGCGCAGCUCCGCGAGCAUGCGCAGCUCAUGGGACAGCAUAGCAGCCUCCUCGGCCGCCUGCAGCGCGCCUGCGCGGGCCCGGAACGGGGCCAGCAGCAGGUCCUGCCACUGCCCCUGGUGCCUUUGGUUCCUCUGAGUCUAGUGGGCAGUGCCAGCAACACCAGCAGGAGGCUGGACCAAACUUCAGAGCGGCAGCGAGACCAGAGCUCGAGACAGCAGGGGCCUCCAUCUUCUCCCCUGCCCACAGGGCAAUUUGCUGUCUCCACCAGGCCCAUGGGCCCGUGGAGGGAUUGUGCAGAGGCUCACGGGGCGGGCCACCGGCAGAGUGGAGUGUAUGAGCUGCGGCUGGGCCGGCGUGUGGUCUCCGUGUGGUGCGAACAGCAGCGGGAGGGCGGAGGCUGGACCGUCAUCCAGAGGCGGCAGGAUGGCUCUGUCAAUUUCUUCACUAACUGGCAGCACUACAAGGUGGGCUUUGGCCGGCCAGACGGGGAAUACUGGCUGGGCUUGGAGGCCGUGCAUCAGGUGACCAGCCGUGGGGACCACGAGCUGCUGAUUCUGCUGGAGGACUGGGGGGGACGCGGGGCACGCGCCCACUAUGACAGCUUCUCCUUGGAGCCUGAGAGUGACCACUACCGUCUGCGGCUUGGCCAGUACCAUGGUGAUGCUGGAGAUUCUCUCUCCUGGCACAAUGACAAACCUUUCAGCACUGUGGAUAGGGACCGGGACUCCUAUUCUGGUAACUGCGCCCUGUACCAUCGUGGGGGCUGGUGGUACCAUGCCUGUGCCCACUCCAACCUCAAUGGUGUAUGGUAUCAUGGAGGUCAUUACCGGAGCCGCUACCAGGAUGGGGUCUACUGGGCUGAGUUCCGCGGUGGGGCGUACUCUCUGAAGAAGGCUGUGAUGAUGACCCGGCUUGUGCGCCUGUGACUGUCCCGUGAGCACCCCGAGGGCGCUCCUAUCUCCUUGAGCCGGUAUCUUAGAGCAACACGAGGCGUCCACACACAG